AUGGCUAGUCUUGGUGAUGAUCUUCUGAAGGUCGUCAACAAGCUUCAAGAUCUCGUUUUCAAUACUAUCGGCAACGAUUCAUUAGACCUGCCCCAAAUUGUGGUUGUGGGUUCUCAGUCCUCCGGCAAGUCUUCCGUACUCGAGAACAUCGUCGGCAGAGACUUUCUGCCCCGAGGUAGCGGCAUCGUCACCAGAAGGCCGCUGAUUCUUCAGCUCAUCAACAUCCCUAGCGAGAAGGACGAUGCACCAGACAGUGACGAAGUACAUAUUCCUCAUACGCCAGCAAGUGUUGCGGAGCAAGGAGAAUGGGCCGAAUUUCACCACAUUCCGGGGCGUAAAUUCAGGGACUUUCGCCAGGUCAAGCAUGAAAUCGAGAACGAAACCGCAAGGAUAGCCGGAAAUAAUAAGGGCAUCAACAGGCAGCCUAUCAAUCUCAAAAUUUUCUCUCCUCAUGUCCUAAACCUCACGCUUGUCGACUUGCCUGGCUUGACCAAGGUCCCCAUAGGCGACCAACCAACAGACAUUGAGAAGCAGACGAGGACACUCAUUACCGAAUAUAUCGCAAAACCGAACAGCAUCAUCUUGGCCGUUUCACCUGCCAACGUCGAUAUUGUCAAUUCCGAAGCCUUGAAACUGGCUCGAUAUGUUGAUCCAAUGGGUCGGAGGACAAUCGGAAUCUUAACCAAGCUAGAUUUGAUGGAUCACGGCACAAACGCACUUGAUAUACUUUCGGGGAGGGUCUAUCCUUUGAAGCUGGGGUUCAUUGGUGUGGUUAAUCGUUCGCAGCAAGAUAUACAGAGCGACAAGCCGCUUUCUGAAGCACUCAAAUCAGAGGCGGAUUUCUUUAGACAUCACCCGGCUUACAGGAAUAUGGCUACGAGAUGCGGUACUCAAUACCUGGCCAAAAGCCUCAAUACCACCUUGAUGUCGCAUAUUCGGGAUCGGUUACCAGACAUCAAAGCGAGGUUGAACACCCUCAUGGGCCAGACACAACAAGAAUUGGCAAGCUAUGGCAGCAAGCAAUUCAGCGGCAAAGAACAUCGAGGUUCUCUGAUCCUUCAAAUGAUGACACGAUUUGCUACGUCUUUCAUCACAUCUAUCGACGGGACUUCAUCGGAGAUUUCAACCAAAGAGCUUUGCGGUGGUGCUAGAAUAUACUACAUUUUUAAUUCCGUGUUUGGCAAUUCUCUCGAAACCAUUGAUCCGACUCAAAACCUCUCUGUCCUCGAUAUUCGAACGGCAAUUCGCAACUCUACCGGACCUCGACCUAGUCUAUUUGUCCCAGAGCUCGCCUUCGACCUGCUUGUUAAGCCACAAAUCAAGCUUCUCGAAAUACCCAGUCAGCGGUGUGUUGAGCUUGUUUACGAAGAGCUGAUCAAAAUUUGCCACACUUGCGGCUCCAAUGAGCUUUCGCGAUUCCCACGUCUGCAAGGCAAACUGAUCGAAGUAGUGUCUGACUUGCUCCGAGAAAGGCUCGGUCCUUGCUCAAAUUAUGUCGAAUCAUUGAUCUCCAUACAGCGAGCCUACAUCAACACAAACCAUCCCAAUUUCCUUGGUGCGGCAGCCGCAAUGUCAUCUGUGAUCCAAAGUAGGAACGAGAAGGACAAAAAGGCAGCACAACUUGACGAACGUAGGAAACGGGAACGGAGACGGAUGAAGGAACUCGGUGUGAACGGAGCGGCGACCCCUGAGGAAGAGGAAGAGCACGAGGAUAAGGUGCAAAACCUGCCAGUCAGAGGUCAGCCCGCCAGAGCUGGCCGCAGCAUGUCUCCAGCAGUUGCAGCGCGAGAAAAUGGCCAUGCGAACUAUUCAGGCGCUGCUGGGCAAGCUCCUGGUACAACCAGAGACUCAUUCUUGAACUACUUCUUUGGGAAAGAGGGAGGAUUGCCUCAACCUGGUCCACCACUUCCUAGCGCAGCCUCUAUGGGUGCGAGACAUGUCAGCCAUAGCACCGAGCCAAGCUUUGCACAGAGUAUCCGACGGACGGAAGGGAGAUCCAGCUUAGCUGAGCGGUCUCCAGCAGUCCCAAAUUUCCCAACCAAUAUGGACGACUACCCAGCCAAUUCCGAGUAUGGUGACUCCUUGUUCCCCGAACAAUCCGCCGAACCAGCCCUAACCGAGCGCGAAGCCCUCGAAACCGAAUUAAUUCGCCGCCUCAUCUCAUCCUACUUCAAUAUCGUGCGCGAAACCAUCGCCGAUCAGGUGCCCAAAGCCGUUAUGCACCUUUUAGUCAACCACAGCAGGGACGAAGUGCAGAACCGGUUGGUGAGCGAACUGUAUCGUGAGGAUCUAUUUGGAGAGCUACUAUAUGAGGAUGACGGGAUUAAGAAGGAGAGAGAGAAGUGUGAAAAGUUGCUGGCUACCUAUAAGGAGGCAGCGAAGAUUGUUGGAGAGGUGUUGUAG